AUGCUUUUGGGAAGGCCCUGGAUUCACGAGAAUGAAAUUAUACCAUCUACUCUGCAUCAAUGUUUCAAAUAUUGUCGAUACGGUAUUGUUAAGAAAGUUACUGUCGAUGACAAACAUUUCACGGAAGCCAAAACUCACUUUGCCGAUGCCAAAUUUUAUCUUCACAAAGAAGCAAAAAGAAAGGAAUCGGUAAGGGAAGAAAGUCAAGAUUCCAAAGUACCCAUUUUGCGGUAUACUCCAAGAUCAAAGAGAGAAGAAGGUCAGUCUUCUUUUAUCAGAACUGACACAUUAAAUGUUCCGCUCACCAAGAUAGAGCCUGUUAAAAUUGAAAAUGUGAGCUUGCAAGGGUUUGUUCGUCCCAAAGAAGAACCGGCAGUGGAACAUUACUCGCUAUCAACUAAUCGGAUUCAAAAAGGUUUUGAUCCAAACGCCUAUAGACUUCUUGCUAAGGCGGGUUAUAACCCAAAUGAGAAGAAUACAUUGGGCAAACUCCCUCCUGAAGUGACUGGCGAGAGAACUCACGGAUUGAUACCUACGCAGAAAAUGUUGAAAGAAAGGGGCUAUAAUGUUGAAAGUUCAUCGAUGGGUCUUGGUUAUCAACCGCCCUCUCCUGUUCGUAUAAUGAUCAAAAGAGCGAGUUGUAACUAUGUGAACGAAGAAAUGGAGGUCACAAGCCAAAAGAGAUCUGUGUUCGACCGAUUGGGAAAUAAGUCAAAACGUACUUCUGUGUUUGACAGACUUGGCCCGCAGCCGAAAAAUCUGAAGUCGCCCGUCUAUGAGAGAUUAGGCAGUAAGAAACAAGAGUACCAAGUUAUCAGGGAAGAAAGUCUUACCCCAAUAAAGAAGAACAGACCAAGAAAGCGAGUCUCCAAUUUCUUCAUGCACUAUGGAGACUUAUUCAAUGUAAGAAUUGAAACCAUUUUUGAAGAACAGGGUCAAGAAAGUACGGUUUCCUGUCACCAUAUUACGAUCAGUGAUCUUGAAGAAGAAGAAGAAGAUGCAGAUGACGCUCCCGCUGAACUUGAACAAGGGGUAAAAAAUACGGUCGAUGAGCUAAAAGAGAUUAACCUUGGCACCAGCGACGAUUCUCGCCCAAUUUACAUAAGCUCUUGUAUGACUCCUGAAGAAGAAAAAGAGUAUGUUGAUUUGCUGCUCGAGUUCAGGGAUGUCUUUACCUGGAAUUACUCAGAAAUACCUGGUUUGGAUCCAAGGGUCGCCGUUCAUAAUUUGUCCGUCAAGCGAGGAACAAAACCUGUCAAGCAAACGCAAAGGCGUUUUCGGCCCGAAUUGAUUCCUCUAAUAGAAAAUGAGAUAAAUCGAUUGAUUGAAACCGGAUUCAUACGAAAAGUAAAAUAUCCAACAUGGAUUUCAAGCAUCGUCCCUGUAAGGAAGAAGAAUGGGCAAAUUCGAGUUUGUGUUGACUUUCGAGACUUAAACGAGGCUUGCCCCAAAGACGAUUUUCCUCUCCCCAUCACAGAAUUGACGGUAGAUGCUACAACCGGGCAUGAAGCACUAUCUUUUCUCGAUGGAUCGUCUGGCUACAAUCAAAUACGUAUGGCGCCCGAGGAUGAGGAGCUAACUGCCUUCCGCACCCCCAAGGGAAUUUAUUGCUAUAAAGUAAUGCCGUUUGGCUUGAAAAAUACUGGAACGACAUAUCAAAGGGCAAUGCAAAGAAUAUUUGAUGAUAUGCUCCAUAGAAAUGUGGAGUGCUACGUUGAUGACCUUGUGGUGAAAUCAAAGAAGCGAGGGGAUCAUAUUCAAGACCUUCGAAGAGUUUUCCAACGCCUUCGGAGAUACCAAUUAAAGAUGAAUCCUUUGAAGUGCGCAUUCGGAGUCACUUCUGGCAAAUUUCUUGGUUUCAUCGUUCAUCAACGGGGAAUAGAAGUCGAUCGAUCUAAAAUUGAUGCCAUUGUGAACAUGCCUGAAUCGCGAAAUAUUUAUGAAUUGAAGAGCCUUCAAGGGAAGUUGGCAUAUAUCUGGAGGUUUAUCUCUAAUUUGGCCGGGCGAUGCCAACCCUUUAGUAGACUGAUGAAGAAAGGGCUACCCUUCGAGUGGGAUGAAUCGUGUAGGAAUGCUUUUACAAGUAUCAAGGCGUAUCUCAUGAAUCCCCCAGUGCUGGCUGCGCCCAUUCCAGGAAAAUAA